GGUCUUCAUUAGUUCUGUGGCUUUGGAUUGUUUGUUAAAAAAAAAAAAAAAAACUCUCCCUCCCAGCUCUCUCGCCUCGUCUGGCCACAUAGCUGCCGCUGCACCUCCGUCCGACGUUCGCCCAACACCGCAGUCGCACGCUGGUCGUUUUCCAUCUCCGCCGGAGUCGCACAUCGGGACAGAAUUGAAACAAUAUUAUCCCAGACAUCAUUUUAUCUGAAUUGGGCUACAAGCUUACGACGGACCAAUUAGUGAAUCCUUCUGGACUCAUACCACAAGUUUUGCGAGUCCCUGAACGCAGCAAGUGUGAAUUUAGUUGAGAUGCACAGUCCGGAGAAAUUGGAUGACGAUUAUUCUGCCAAUGAGGACAGCAACGUCUCAGCUGAAUUGGAGACUUCAAUUACUCUCAAUGGUGAUCUCCAGGAAGGAAAUGAUAGUGAAAAUAAGAACUUAGGAAAUUCUAAUGCUCUAGCAAAUGGGCUCUCUUCCAUGCUUAUCAACAUCAUAAGGGAUUUUGACUCGAAAGCUGAUGAUACUCUUAAAAGCCAGAACCAUCUUUCAUCUUCCCUUGACCGUCUUACUACAGAACUGGAUCAAUUACUUGAAGAUGCACCUUUUCCAUUCAUCAUGCAGCAUGCCUCAAGGAUAUCUAAUGUAAGAAAGAGAGUUUUGUCACUGAAUUCCAUCCUAAGAACUAUACAACGAAGAAUGGAUAACAUAGAUCGGGCAAUCACGAUGGGCAAUCUACCAGAUACUCGUUCCUCUCACAGUUCCUCACAGCCUUAAGAUUGUACAUACUUGCAAGUCCUCUCUCUCUUCUACAUGCACAUUAUUUAUGAUAACGUAUAGGGUGGGAAAUGCAAGUUCAUGUCUACUAAGCUAUGCUCAUAUUAACUAACAAUCUUGAAUAUACUACUUGCUUAAAUUAUACAUUUGUAAGUUUUAGUACCCUCCUACACCAUAUUUACUUGAGUUGUGAGCGAGCUUUUUUCCUUACAAAUUGUGUCCGUUCAUACAAAUUCUUUUAUUUAGUAAGAGGAGAAAGUUGGGUAAAAUAAGAAUUUUCAUUCUAA